ACCUACCUACUUAUAUAAUCUAUUUAUUUUCUAAAACGUUGUAUACAUUUGAUUUUUUGAUAUUAUUUGGAAUCUCUUAGAAUAACAUUAUAUAUAAAAUGGCUAAAAAAGAAGAACCAAAAAUUCAACCAAACAAUGAACUGGAAAAGAGGAUAAUUGAAGCUUUCGAAGUAUUUGAUCAUUCAGGAAAACAGGUCGUCGAUGUGAGAGAAAUUGGAACUAUCUUGCGCUCUUUAGGAUGUUGUCCUACUGAAGCCGAAAUCCAAGAAGUGAUUCUAGCGACCGAAAAUAAGGAAGCUACGGGAAAUAUUCCACUCAUUAACUUUCUACCUUUCAUGUGUAAAGCUAUGACGGAACAUAGAUUCUAUCCAGCAAGUGCCGAAAUGUUACUGGCCGCUUUUCGUUACUUCGACAAGGAAGCCCGUGGGUUUCUUACGAAGGAAAAAUUUGCGCAACUAAUGCUAGAGGAAGGCGAACCGUUUACUCAGGAAGAAUUCGACGAGAUGAUGCAAACGGCUCUGGAUCCAGUGACGGACACGAUUACCUACGAGUAUUAUAUCAAUCAACUGAUGGUGGCACCAAGAGACGUUUAUAAUAUAGCAGAUGAAAUAGAAGAAGAGAAACGGAGAAUAGAGGCAGCUGCUCCUAAAAAGAGGAGAGCCGCUUCUCUGUUGAAAGCUGCUGAGAAUUAUUGAGAUCAUGUUGAGGAGGAAAUCCCUGAAAAUGAUGAAGC